CUUAUACGGUACUCUUUUUACUUUUUGCUGCACAAUGUAUCUUAAUUUUGUACACGUGCGGUUUGUGAGCAAGAGUAGCAAGGAGUCUGAGGGUGGAUUUUCGCUAGUAAAAUUCCUUAGAAGUGUGAUUUGUGACGUACUGGUGGAUUGUUGACCAUUUUAUUUAAUUUGUGGUGAAAUCAUCUCUUCAAAUAUUGAUUAGUUUGUAAAUAUGUUCCUUUUGAAACGUAACUCGUAAUUGACGUUGAAAUUUCUUAGAACUUCUGUUGUGUUCGUGUUAAUAAUCUAAAAAAUGGGCAAAAUUAGAAGGCAAAGAAAAAAAUAUCAUCUCUCGAAGAAUCCGGACGGCCCUCCACCUCGAUUGCACCUUGAAAAGAAUAAGUCAAGCGAAAAUGAAUAUAUCACACCAAGCUUUGCUCCUUUACCAGAGUCAUUUGAUAAUAUUUUCAAAGGUAUUGAUAUUUCUAAAAUUCCUACCGCUAGACUCGAUCCAAGAGACGGUGUAAGAUCUUCGAGUGAAACAAAUAACCUUGCAGCAAGCCUUGCCCUCCUGCCUCAGUCGUAUGUUUUUGAUGACAUUUAUUCCAAAUUUCCCACUAAUAAAUUCGAUUCAAGAAACGAUGACGCAAGGACCACUAUUUCUGUGAGUAAAAGUGUGUUUAAAAACAGAGGAGCGAGUAAAGAGGAACGAAGAAAAUUACGUCACCAAACGUUUAUCGAAAGAAUAAACGCCAUACAAGCCAUGAAAAUGAAGAAGCAGAACAAAAAAACAAAUAAAAAGAUUCUGGUGAAAGAAGAACCCAGUACAUCAGGAACUAAUACAACAAUUGCUGUGCCUCAAGAAAAUAAAACAAUGGUUAUGAAUCAAGGACGAAUAGUGAAAUCACGAGUUCGACAUGCGAGAAUGUUGAAGGAUAUUGCUGUGCUUACAAAGUUAUGGGAAAAUCCGGAAUAUAAAGCAGAUCCCUCAGGAUUUGUAUCUGAUACGGUUCAUGAACGUCUGGCAAAAGAAAUUGAGUAAAUUGUGCUUGAUUAUACUAAUUUAUUGAGUUGAUGCAUUGUUUGUUGCAAGAUAUAUUUAUUCAUGUGAUUCAUUCAUGAAUUUUAAUGAAAAGUAAGAAUAAUAUGUUGUUGUUGUCGUCAGGUAAUGAUUUCAAAGCUGGAAAGCCAAGUUACUGUUGCUCAUGUUGAUUUUCAGUAUUUUAUUUAAAUUAUCUUGGUUAUUACUGUGACAUUAAUGUUGCAGUUGUUAAUAUUUGACAAUAAAGAAAUUCAGGUUUCUGUUCAUAAUAAAGUAAUAGUUUUAGGUCUCACUCAGUGAGAAAAGUUGUACAGUGGACUCUCUUUAAUUCGAACUCCAAGGAGAAUUUGAAAUUUUCAAAUUCAAAUGAAUUGUAUAUAAAAUAUCAAUUUAAAAAGAUUUGUCUAAAAAUUAGUAGGUGGAGUUUUCUUUCUUAAUCUCAACUCUCAAGACAAAAAUAAAUUUGUCACAGCAGAGAAAUUGAUAAUAAAAAUCAUAAAUGUUGGGAACUUGUGUGUUUUGUCAUCUUUAUUUCCGAAUACCUCUUUCUUUUGCCCAAUACUUUAUGUAAGAAAAAAGGUGUGAAUUCUUUUUUGUUAUAUUUCAACAAUGAGG